CGAGCGUAGCCGUAUCCGUAUAGCUGAAGCCGGGUGGGCACUUACUGUUGAUGCGUCGGCAGCCGACACCUUCGUCCGCGAUAUUUUUUCUCACGCUGUUGUUUAUCCUGAUCAAGGGUCGCAGAAAGACUGUCUCAAAGUGUCCCUUCCACGAUGUUUACCCUGCCAGCUUUCUUGGCGCAAUGCUGCAAAGCAGCUAUGGAUGUGGUAACUAGCGUGCCUCUGUUCGUCGGUUAUGCGAUUCAGCCGUAUUGGACAGAAAGAAACAUUUUUGCAUUCGCGCUGUUUAUGUCGUGGUUAACUUACGUCUGGGAGACGUACCUGUCCUACAGGCAGUACAAGGUGUGCAAAGGUACGCCCCGAGUUCCUCCCGAGCUAACGGCUAUAACGGACCAAGAGACAUUCUCAAAAGCGAGGCUGUACUCGCUCGACAAGAUGAAGUUUGGUUUCUACUCGAGUAUCUGGAACGAGCUGGAAACAACGGUCGUGCUGCUGUUUGGUGGCUUUGCCUUUUUCUGGAAUUUCUGUGAGGCCUUGGCGGCCAGAGCUGGUGCUCCCGACCAUGAGCUUGUGAUCACAUCUCUGUUCAUUUUUGGAGGAUCCCUGCUGUCCACACUGCUCGAUUUGCCGUGGUCAAUAUACUAUACCUUUGUGCUUGAGGAGCGCCAUGGCUUUAACAAACAGACUCCCGGGUUCUUCGCAAAGGACAGAGUAAAGAAGUUCUUUCUGAUGCAAGCUGUCGUUCUACCAAUUGCUUGUGGCAUUGUCCAAAUCAUCAAGAUGGGUGGAGACUAUUUCUUUAUCUACCUGUGGUUCUUCACCCUCGUUGUCUCGAUUCUCAUGUCAUUCAUCUACUCGGACUUCAUUGCACCACUUUUGGACAAGUUCACGCCACUGCCUGAAGGAGAGCUGAAAACCAGGAUUGAACAGCUGGCAGCCAGCAUCAAUUUCCCACUCAAAAAGCUUUUGGUUGUAGAAGGUUCAAAGAGGUCAUCGCACAGCAAUGCGUACUUCUUUGGGAUGUUCAAGGAGAAGAAGAUUGUCUUAUUCGACACCUUGUUUGAGAAAGAUGAGCUGACUGAAGGUGAAAAUGGGGAAAUUACCAGUGAAAAGGAAGCAGUCGAAUCUAAGGCAGUGCCUGAAAAGAAGCAACACAAGACUGGCUGCAACAAUGAUGAGAUUCUUGGAGUUCUGUGCCAUGAACUUGGACACUGGAAGCUUAGCCACGUGAUUAAAAAUUUCGUCAUAGGCCAGGUCCACCUAUUCUUUUGCUUCAUGAUCUUCUCCCUGCUCUAUAAGGAUGACCGGGCAUACAGGGCAUUUGAUUUCUAUAACUCCAAGCCCGUCUUCAUUGGGCUGAUGCUGAUCUUCAUGUACAUAUUUUCACCUUACAACACGUUUGUUGACUUCCUGAUGACUGCCUUGAGUCGGCGCUUCGAAUUCCAAGCGGAUGCCUUUGCGCGAGGCAUGCAUCAUGCAUCAUUUCUGCGGAGUGCGCUGAUCAAGCUGAACAGAGACAACCUCAGCUUCCCAGUCUAUGACUGGCUCUUCUCCUCGUGGCAUCACUCGCACCCGCCAGUGCUUGAGCGUAUCCGUGCGCUCGGCAAAAUUGAUUAAGUUCGGCUAUGUCACAAUGACACCCAAUGACGUCACUGACUUGCGAUCAUCAACCUGUGCGACUGGAAAAUGUCGUAAGCUGUGUAGUAAAGCGUGUUUUAUAAUAAUUGCAGUUGUAACCAUUCAGUUUUUGUUUUACUCUAGUCUACAGUUGUUUACUGCGCUGAAUCAGCCUAAGACUAAGUAUUUGUUGCCUUACCUAGCUGUUAAUGAAGAAGUACUGGAAGUAAACCAAAACAUGCCAUAGCUGAAAGAAUGCCCCCCCCCCUUUUUUUUUCUUUCUUUACAUGGUUACAGAACAUUGCUGACAAUCACCUGGGCCCGUAGCAGUACUGCUAGUUCUGGGCCCAUGCAAUUUAAUACAAAGCACGGUUGAAACUAAGGUUAACAGGUAAUGUAAUUUGUAAGUACAGAUUCUACUAACAUUGUUAACAAUGUUAACUCAAUAUUAAUAAAAUUGUUGUAGCACUAGAGUAAAAUGCACAAUAGCAAAAAUUGGUUGAUAUUACACUAUUAAAACAUACUCAUUAUGAAUUAUAGCUUGUAUUUAAAAACAUACGAAAAUUUUGGACUCUUUUAUUGUCUUUGGAAGGUUCUUCCAUAUUUUCAUUCUAAUGUAGGCUAACCUACGCCUACUGUACAAGUUGCUAACCGGUGGUACGUUAAAAUUUCUGUUCGAUUGUGUCCUCAUGUGUCUGUGUAGCAGGAUGAAAACGGUACUUGGAAGGGGGUUAUUGUCCGAGAGUAUGGCAUGAACUUAACACUAACAAUGAGGAAUGGCAUAAUUCAAAAUUUUUUUAGUGCCGGUUCUGUGCGUUCUGUAUAACCAGAGAAGGACAUAAUUUGGAGCACUCUUUUCCGCAUCUUAAUCACCGGAUCUAGGUGAGACGAAUAUGUUCACUGUCUUGCCUGAUCAUUUAACUGCCGAUUUGGACAGUGUAUUUCUGUUUUGUCCAGUGCGUCGACACGCAAACGGGUAGAUGUUGCUUUAGCUGCCGCAGACCAGUGAAUGAUAAGUUGUUGUUUCUGCGAAUUUGUUGCAUUGCAUUCUUUGCCAUUACAGAUUCAUUAUAGGCCGCUGUGAUCCCAUUAGAAUGAAAGUUUAGUGCCGUUUCUCGCAUAGUGCACAUUGCCAUCAGCUAGGUACUAACACAGCAAAGCAUGUACUUCCUCCAUAGUACCUAGGCACAGUCCGCAGAUUUUUUUCUCGCAACUCACAUAUGCACAAGUGCCAGCGGCGCAGCUCUUGUGUGUCUGUGUUCUCGACAAAACAGAAAUACACAAUUUGGGCAAGGACAUCGCACUUUGUGACAAGGAAUUGCAAACAAAGGUAGCUAGGUUUUGGUGCAUCUUGUAAUUCAUUUGCAUCUCUUAGCGAGUUUCACUUAACCUGCAAACUCUGGUUUUCCGACUCUCAAGGGCAGCAGUAAUAACUGGGUAGUAUACAGAGGUCAGGAGUAAAGGAAAGAAAUAAUGAAAAAAACUCUCAGGAUCUCUUUCCUGUUUAUUAUAAAAUGACAAGUGCUGGCCUUGGCCUUGUAUUUUUCUUUUCAUGUCCUUUUGGGGUGUGCUGUGCCACUUAUACUCUGUGCCAUAAAAAUGUAUCCGUGUAUGUUGGUGACAAUUUUAUCUAUGCAUUUUUGUGAAGGUCUCAUAACAUAAUUUUUUUAGUACACAGUUUUUCCUCUUACCUGUAUUGGGCUCAGUCUUUUCUGAAGCAUUAUGCCGCACACAUCAGUAUUGUCUUUUGUAUAGGAAAGAAGGCACAUUUUGUUCAUGCUGUUGUGUAUAUGCAUGCCACCUUUGUUUGAAAAAUGAGCGCUACUGAGCCAGUGGAUUGGCUAAAGGGGUCAUAUACAUGGCACUCUUCCUUAUGCAACAUUCAAUAGAAACAUUGAACUUCAGAGAGACAUUUUCGACAUGUACAUAAUUCAUGCCUCUGAGUAGGCUAUGGUCUCAUUUUUGAGCAGUUGGAGCAUAUGUGUGGCAGUAGUCUUUACGGACAUGCAGUUGUGGGCACAUUGGGCCUGUGGCCCAUUUAUAAUAUUCAUCCAUUCUCACCUGCACUCUUCCACAUUAUUUGCACGCCUUGUCUUCUUGGUUUUUCUGACCAUUGCAAACUGGACGAUAUGAGCUUAUAUUACUGGUUCAGCUGCUUCUGUAUGUAAGGGUGCCUGGCAGAUGUGCUUUGUGGGAAGUUGUGAUUUAAUAUUGCAUGUCAAUUAAAUGAUUUUCUUUCUA